CAUGGAUUUGGAUUCAGUUUUGAAGGCAGUCGGUGAAGCUAUGUGUUGAUCGUUUAGUCUCGAUCGCAGUUAUUUUUCUUUGUCUUGUAGUAAGCCUAGAAUAUGGCAGAUGUAGAAAAGCUACCUUUGCUGUUAGAGAACAUGGAUCUUCUUAAAGAAGACAAUAAACAUGCAUUGGAUUUAUUCAAUAACAUAAUUACACAACUAGACCAAGAUGAAUGCAACAGUAUAGAUCUAUGCCAAUGCGCUAAGGAUGUUGCUGCAUUCCUUGGAUGUGGAAUAGUUGAAGUAGAAACUAAAGCUGCUGAAACAUUGGCUGAGUUAUGUAAAAAUGAAGCCCCUCGUUCUACUUUGUCUAAUAAUGAAGUUAUUGUCCCUCUUAUAAAUUUGUUGUCAUCUCCUAGCAAAGAAGCUAAAAAUCAAGCUUGUCGUGCUAUUGGGAAUAUAUGUUUUGAUAAUAAUGAUGCAAGAGCUUUUGUAUUUGAGGACAAUGGAUUAUCAGAAAUUGUUGAAGUAUUGCGGUCCAGUUCUUUACCUGAUUGUGAACAGCUAAGAACUAAUGCUGCUGGUUGCUUACUUAAUGUAAUUAUGGCUCAAGAACAUGUUUAUUCAAAGGUGAUUGAUAUGGGCGUUAUGGAGGUUUUAUACGAUUUAUUGACAUUUGGCGUGAAUACUAAACAAUCAGAAGAGACAGCUAUUCAUAUAUAUGUUAUCCUAGGCCUUCUUACAGAUACUGGUCUUGGAACCGUAUGCUUAACUGAAAAAUUGUGUGAAGCAACCGUGAAAGUUCUCGCAGAAUCUACUAACGGGGAGUUGAGUGAACUGUGCGUGGAAUUGCUCCAUAGUCAAGCUGAAAACGAUAUUGGUAUUUCAGAAGAUGUACGUCUACAUCUUGCUAAAGCAGGUCUGUGCGAACUUCUUAUUGAGCUAUUGGAAAAACAUGGAAAACUAGCAGACGAUGAUGAAACUAGGAAUUUAUUAAAAAUGGCAUGUGAUCUCAUCGUCAUCAUUCUGAAUGGAGAUGCUAGCAUGGAAAUAGCUUAUGGGAGUGGAAGGGGUAAAGUCUUCGAAGGUUUAGUCAAUUGGCUCGAUUCAACCGAUGACGAUUUGCAAGUCACAGCUGUUUUGGCUAUGGCGAACUUUGCUCGCACAGAUUUGCAUUGCAUCCAAAUGGUGAAUCAGGGAGUUAGUCGGAAAUUGCUACAAUUGCUCGAGCUAAAUAAUACAUCUGAUGCCAAGAUUCGUCUGCAGCAUGCUCUCCUCAGCGCUCUAAGGAACCUCGUCAUUCCCGCUGUUAACAAAGGAACAGUACUUCAGCAAGGUCUGCUGCAACAUAUUUAUCCAAUGUUCAGCAUACCGACGUUCCCUGUUGUCUUUAAACUGUUGGGAUCCCUUAGGAUGGUCAUCGAUGGACAGCCCGAAGCAGCUUCUGAACUUGGUAGCAAAGAAGAAAUCAUCGAUAAGUUGGUCGAAUGGUGUUUCACAGACGACCAUCCUGGAGUUCAAGGCGAAGCCAAUCGUUUGCUGGCGUGGAUCGUUAAAAACAGCAGAGACCGUGACGUGAUUGGUAAAAUGGUCGGGAGGGGAUGUGUCGAAUGCCUGGUGCGGAUGUCUCAGGCGGAACAUACGGUGAUGCAAGCUGAGGCGUUCCUUGCCCUCAACCUCAUGACAGCGAUGCGGGGCCAGGACGCUGAGUACAGCCUGCUGCGGGCGAGCGUUGGAAGCGCCAUUACCAAUUUCCUUCAGCAGUCCACCCCUCCAAGGGAGGUCUUCCACAACCUCUUAGCCUUCGUUGGCCAGUUGGUCAAUUCCAGUGAUAUGCGGAGACACCUGCGAGACACCGGAGUUCCGAAAGCACUCUACUCCUGCGUGCUUGGGGAUACGCUGUCCGACCUCAGGGACCAGGUGUCGAGGCUGACCACUCUCAUCGAUGCUGGUUGAUUUUCUAAUAUUCUUAAC